GGUUGUUCCCGUUCUCAUCCCAGCACCGGUUUGCUUUCCCCGUGCCGAGCCCCGCGGCCCGUCCGCAACGGGAGGGGGGUGUGUCCCGGCCGGAGCAGGGAGCAGCUCCCGCCGGGAAGGGACCGGGGCACCGGGAGAUAACGAGCGCUCGGCUCUGCCGGGAGCGGGUUUUCCCGCUGCCUGUGUCGGGAUGAGCGCGAGGAGCCGCCAUCCCGGCACAGUGCGGGACCGUGCGGGCCCCUGCCCGCCCCGCCGCCUGCUCCCGGUGCGGUUGGCUCCGGGACAGCCCCGUCCCUGCUCCCAGCCUUGGGCAGCGGGCAGCCCGGACUGCGGGGUUCGUGCCUGCGCUGACCUUGCCAAGCGCUGAGUCAGGAGGGGAAGGUGCGUUUGGGGUGGUUUUUGCUGCAUUCCCCUGGCUUUCAACCACCACCGCGCGUUCCCGAAGCCUGGAAGCGCCAUGGCCGUGGCCCCGUCCCAGCGUGCGGAGCAGCACACUCGAGCUCGCAAUAGGGGGCUGCCAUGGCCGAGCGGACGUCGCCGAGCGCCAGCGGGAGCAUCACACCGCUGCAGCAGAUGCUGGCCUCGGGGACGGGCGCCAUCCUCACCUCGCUCUUCGUGACGCCGCUGGACGUGGUGAAGAUCCGGCUGCAGGCUCAGAGGACCCCCUUCUCCAAAGGGAAGUGUUUCCUCUACUGCAACGGGCUCAUGGACCAUCUGUACGUCUGCCAGAACGGCAACGGCUGCACCGCCUGGUACAAGGUCCCCACACGCUUCACGGGGACGCUGGAUGCCUUUGUGAAGAUCACGCGCUACGAGGGCAUCAGGUCUCUGUGGAGCGGCUUGCCCCCCACCCUGGUCAUGGCUGUACCUGCCACCGUCAUCUAUUUCACCACGUAUGACCAGCUCCGGGACUACCUGCAGGCUCGCACGGGAAGCCGGGGGCAUCACAUCCCCUUGCUGGCCGGGGCCCUUGCCAGGCUGGGUGCUGUGACGGUCAUCAGCCCCCUGGAGCUCAUCCGCACCAAGAUGCAGUCGCGGCAGCUCAGCUACCGGGAGCUGCGGGUCUGCAUCCAGUCGGCAGUGGCUCAGGACGGGUGGUUGUCCCUCUGGAGGGGCUGGGGACCCACCGUGCUGCGGGAUGUCCCCUUCUCAGCUCUCUACUGGUUUAACUAUGAGCUGGUGAGAGACUGGCUCUGCAGGAAGGCCUGGCUGGACGAGGCCACCUUCAUGAUCAGCUUCACAUCUGGGGCCAUCUCCGGGACGGUGGCCGCGGUGCUGACGCUGCCCUUUGACGUGGUGAAGACCCAGCGGCAGAUCGAGCUGGGGCACAGCGAGGUGCGCCCAGUCGCAGCCUCCAAACCUUCCUCCACGUGGCUCCUCAUGCAGCGCAUCCGCGCCGAGUCCGGCACCCGGGGGCUGUUUGCGGGCUUCCUGCCCCGUGUCAUUAAGGUGGCCCCCGCCUGCGCCAUCAUGAUCAGCACCUAUGAAUUUGGCAAGACCUUCUUCCAGAAGCUGAACCAGGAGCGGCGGCUGCGUGGGCUGUGAGCGGGGCCAGUGCUCCGGGGGGAUGGUCCGACUCUGCUCCAGUGUCCCGGGGGCAGCAACAGCGGCGGCUCUGCAAAGCCCAAGUGCCUUCGUGCUGCUCCCCGCUGCCCGCACACGGGGACAGACCCGGGCCCGUUCCCAUCCCCAGCGCACAGGGGGACCCCCGUGCCUGCUGCUGCGGCACCAGGGGCAUGUGGAGUCCCCGGAGCUCAUCCCGUGGCUCAUCCCUGAGCCUGGACAGAUGCUGCUGGAUAAUGAUGAAUGCUCAGGCGAGGAUGAGGUGCCCCGGGGGACUCUGCAGGGCAGGAGAUGGGAACUGGGGCUCUGUUGAGGACCAAACCGUCGGUGUUUCCCUGCCCACCUGGACCCUGCUCCAGCCCCUCGCCGCAGGAACGCACAGCUCUGCGUGGUCUGGGGACAUGCUCCGGACCUCUCCUGCCACUUGGGGUGUCCCUGUCCCCUGCCAGACCUUGGGCUCGGACCCUCUGUGGGGACAGACCUCGCUGCUGUUCUUGGGGGGCCGGUGGGUGUUGUGCGCCCAUCCCCUGUCCCCUUAUCCCAAGGUUCUGCCCCAGCAUCUCCUGGGGCUCCAGGGGGGGAUUUAUCUUAUUUCCUUAAAUAAAAGACAGUAAUAGUUGUCUCUUA